GGAACAGUGGAGAUAGUGGACGGUGUGCAGCUUAGUAAAGUUUUGUGGGAUUACCGAGGACAUUUGAUUCUUGUGUGCAUUCAGAUACCUAAUAAACAACCAGGAUAUUUAAUAAAGAACAGUGUUAAACUGCUGAAAGAGGUGAAGCACAAGCCAUCCAGAAGAAUCUCCUGAAAACGCAGAAAUUGUUUGCUACAUUUCACAGACAGAUGGAGCCAAGUCCCAACAUGGAGGAACAUCAGCACUCUGUCAAGAGUUUUACUAAACAGAGUGAUCUCAAAAAACACCAGCGCAUUCACACAGGAGAGAAACCACAUCACUGCUCAGACUGUGGGAAGAGUUUUACUAAACAGAGUCAUCUCAAAAAUCACCAGCGCAUUCACACAGGAGAGAAACCGUAUCACUGCUCAGACUGUGGGAAGAGUUUUACUCAACAGAGUCAUCUCAAAAAUCACCAGCGCAUUCACACAGGAGAAAAAACGUAUCACUGCUCCGAUUGUGGGAAGAGUUUUACUGAACAGAGUAGUCUCAAAAAACACCAGCGCAUUCACACAGGAGAGAAACCGUAUCACUGCUCAGACUGUGGGAAGAGUUUUAAUCAACAGGGUCAUCUCAAAAAUCACCAGCGCAUUCACACAGGAGAGAAACCGUAUUACUGCUCAGACUGUGAUAAGUGUUUUACUACACAGAGUAGUCUCAAACUGCACCAGCGCAUUCACACAGGAGAGAAACCGUAUCACUGCUCAGACUGUGGGAAGAGUUUUACUCAACAGAGUAAUCUCAAACUGCACCAGCGCAUUCACACAGGAGAGAAACCGUAUCACUGCUCAGACUGUGGGAAGAGUUUUACUCAACAGAGUAGUCUCAAAAUACACCAGCGCAUUCACACAGGAGAGAAACCGUAUCACUGCUCAGACUGUGGGAAGAGUUUUACUAAACAGAGUACUCUCAAAAUACACCAGCGAAUUCACACAGGAGAGAAACCGUAUCACUGCUCAGACUGUGGAAAGAGUUUUACUAAACAGAGUAAUCUCAAACUGCAUCAGCGCAUUCACACAGGAGAGAAACCGUAUUACUGUUUCGACUGUGGGAAGAGUUUUACUCAACAGAGUAAUCUCAAAAUACACCAGCGAAUUCACACAGGAGAGAAACCGUAUCACUGCUCCGAUUGUGGGAAGAGUUUUACUGAACAGAGUAGUCUCAAAAUACACCAGCGCAUUCACACAGGAGAGAAACCGUAUUACUGUUUCGACUGUGGAAAGAGUUUUACUAAACAGAGUGAUCUCAAACUGCACCAGCGCAUUCACACAGGAGAGAAACCGUAUCACUGCUCAGACUGUGGGAAGAGUUUUACUAAACAGAGUAAUCUCAAACUGCAUCAGCGCAUUCACACAGGAGAGAAACCGUAUUACUGUUUCGACUGUGGGAAGAGUUUUACUAAACAGAGUAAUCUCAAAAUACACCAGCGCAUUCACACAGGAGAAAAACCGUAUCACUGCUCAGACUGUGGGAAGAGUUUUACUUUACAGAGUGAACUUAUAUUACAUCAGUGCAUUCACAAAAGAUAGAAAAGUAUCCCAAAUCUGUUCCUCUGCCAUAAAAAAUGCAAACCUUAAAUCUUUCAGACAGCCAAAAACACCUCAUCAUGCACAAAAUCUUCACUCUGUUACAAGAACUUCAUUUAAAAAUGGCUUUUUACAGGUUCAGAAAAAUGAAUCUUAUCCAGAGACGAUGUUUACUGAAUUUCAUGCUGUGUUUUUAUGUAUGUUUGUAUACCUACAUUAGUUAAUGCCUGCAGAGCUCUUCAACACUUAGUGUUGUGUUUUAAGAAGUUUUUACACACAGAAUCAUAAAUGGUACCACUAACAGCAUAAACUAGGAACAUACAUUUUUACAAUUUUUUCAGUGAUAUGCUGAAUAAAUAGUAAAGCGAUGAUGCUAGCUCAGAGUAAAAUCGUAUAUUAAAUCUCAGCAUUAGCUUUAGAACUAAUAAUAAACAAAAGUGAGGAUUUUAUCAUUCUGGGACAUUUUUAGGUUUAAAAAUUGAAUAUGCUUUGCCAUAAGUAGGAAAUGAUCAUUUGGUCAACUUAUGUCAUUUACAGCCUUAACACAUUCUCAAUUGUUUACAUAUAAAAACUUUCUUUAUUUUUUCCUCCACUCCACGUUUGUAGUUUGUAGUUGGAGCGAGGGCACUGCCAGUGUUUGCUCCAGAUGUUAGAUUAGCAUUACUUAGUCUUUUAAAAUUUAGAUGUUGUAGUUUAAAGGAGUAGAGUAUUCUUAGGAGUAGAGAAUAUUCUUAGCUUGCAACAAAAGGCCAACAAAAUCCUUUUCAGAGUUUAAAAAAAAAAAAAAAACGCUCUAGCUGUAGUUUCCAUACUGAAAGCAACACUCAGCAGGCUGUGCAGCAGUAAGACUGCAGGAUCCUUGAUUCCCUCUACUGCACAUGUGUCAAACACAAGGCCCGCGGGCCAAAUGUGGCCACAUCCAAGCGAGAGAUUGUAAGAUCUUAGUGUCUAUAAUAAAUAGGUCAGAAGCGUUCUUUGACCAAAAACUACAUUUCCCACAAUGCUUGUCGAUUGUAUUACCCGCGAAGUUACGGCUUACUGCCACUACACGGCAGUGUAGUCAUUGAUGUGGAAACCCUGCCGGAGGGAAGGCGUAACUUCGCGGGUGGAAUUGAGACAUACAAACGUUUAUCCCAUAAUGUCCAGAAAAAGAGAAGCUGAUGCAGACGGACGGCUGUGCUUCAAGGCGAAAGACCGGUAUGCCUUUUGUGUUACGAAGAGUGUUACUGACCAAAAUAAACGCUUGUUAGGAGAGAAGUUCUGUGUAAAUAUUUAUACGACAAUAGCUGACAAAAUCUGUUUUAAUGACGUUAAUAAACAUCACUGUGUCAGCGCUAGUCGCAGUUUCACCACAGCAAAGGAGGAGCACGUGAAUCACUAAUCUAACCAGCCUGUACUGAUUUCUGCCCCCAAUAACCCUUUCAAUAACCUCCAAUAGCCUUUAAUAGUCUUCAGUAGCCUU